GGCUUUGCUCCAUGUGACGAGCCCAAGGUGCUGCUCAACAAGACAUCCAAGCCUACAAAAAUUUUUAUCCUGCACCAGUACGGUAACUCGAUGAAAUCUUCCAGUACGACAAACCGGCAAUUGACUUGCUUCCGGGAGCUCAUAUUUUGCUCUUUGUGUGCAGUCGCUUUGACAGCUGUCGAAAGCAAAGAUGACGUGUAUGAGACCAUGCGGGGGUUUUUGGAUCCGAUGCCUAUUCAAAACGUUUCGAGACGCUUAUUCGUGGUGCAAAAUGGGUUAACAAAGUCAUAUCUCUUUUAUCUCACACCAGGUGGGCUUUACGAAGCUGGGACAUUUUCCUUGUUGGCGUUUACUGGAUGGUUUGAAAACACAAAUACAUGA